AGCAGCGCGGAGGCAGAAACGUGAUGACAUCAUCAGCAGGCGCCGGACAAAACAACAACGGCGGUUAUUGUGCACGUUGAUGUUUGUUUCUUCUGCUUAUGAAUUAGCUUCCUCCUCCUCUUCAUCUCCUUUAUCCUCCUCUUCCUCUCCCGGACCGGUGCACCGAGGGCCGAGAUGUCGGUGACCGAGAUGUUCAGCUCCAUUCAGGGCUUCCUGAGCGCCGACCAGGACGUCAGAGAGGAUAUCCGUAAAGUGGUCCAGACGUUGGAGCAGACGGGCAGAGAGAUACUGACGGUCCUCCAAAGUGUCCACCAGCCGUCAGGAUUCAAAGAAAUUCCCAGCAAGUGUGCAAGAGCACGGGAGUUGUUCUGCACGGUCAGGACUCAACUCGUGGAGCUGAAAACAAAGUUUCCUGUGGAGCAGUAUUACAGGUAA